AUGGGUCAGCUGCGUGGAAAAUACUUGCAUUGGGCUGUGACGGCGGCGAGCUGUCAAGCCUUCCUGUUGCUUGGGUAUGAUCAAGGUGUUAUGAGCGGUCUUAUCGGGGCCAACAACCAGUUUGGACAACAGUUUGGCAAUCCCGAUGCCAAUAUGCAGGGAAUUUUGACUUCAAUCUAUGAUAUUGGCUGUGCGGUCGGAUGUCUGGUCAGCUUCGUGAUCGGUCACAAAAUGGGUCGCAAAAAGAUGAUUAUAGCUGGAGGUGCUAUUAUGGUGAUUGGCACGAUCAUUCUUGGAUCUUCAUAUUCGCGCGCACAAUUUUUGGUCGGUCGAGUUGUCACUGGCUUUGGAAAUGGUAUCAACAGCAGUACUGUUCCAACUUAUCAAAGUGAAAUGGCCCGACCUGAACGCCGUGGUCGCCUCUUAUCGGCUCAGGGAACAGUUACCAUUGUUGGACUUUGCAUCGCUUAUUGGCUUGACUAUGGUCUUAGCUUUGUCGAUUCGCCGGUCCAGUGGCGAUUUCCAAUAAGCUUCCAAGCCUUCUUCGCUGUCUGUCUAGUACUGCAAAUGCUUUCCCUUCCCGAUACACCUCGCUGGCUUUGCGAGCAGGAUCGCAGUGAUGAAGCUGCUUCGAUCCUUGCCCGUUUACAACUCGAUCAACCUGCCGAUGAAUCGAGCCAGGAGGUGGUUCAGCUACGCCGGCAGAUCGAGUCGGCUAUUGAGAUUGAAUCUGCUGGUGGUCCCUUCAGAUACAAGGAGCUGCUGGCUGGUGGAAAGGUUCAGAACUUCCGUCGCAUGAUUCUAGCUGGCUUGGUCAAUGUCCAACAACAAUUCACAGGUUCGAAUAUGAUCAACUAUUAUGCGCCCACUGUCUAUGAGAACGCCAUGGGUCUAUCUCGGAACUUGUCGUUGAUUCUGGGUGGCUGUACAUCGCUGGCUUACUUGGUUGGAUCUAUCGUCCCAUUAUGGAGUAUGGAUGUAUUUGGGCGACGUUCGUCGCUCAUGAUCUCUGCGGCUGGUCUUUGUACUUGCUUCAUACUUGUCGCUGCUUUACUGUCUGUAGGAACAGAAAAGUGCGCAUAUGCGGCGACCGUGUUUGUCUUUAUUUUCCAGAUUUUCCUCGGCUUUGGCUAUUUGCCUGUACCUUGGUUCUACCCAAGUGAAAUCACAACAACCCGUAUUCGAGCUCGCGGUCAGGCUUUUGCAGGCUUCGUGAACUGGAUGUGUGUUUUCAUCGUUGUACAAGUAACACCAACCGCUAUUGAUAAUAUCUCUUGGAGAACAUUCAUUAUUUUCGCUUGCUUUUGCUUCGCAUGGAUUCCAAUGGUCUACUUUUUCUUCCCAGAAACAAAGGGUCUUGAGCUCGAAGAUGUCGAUCACCUGUUCGAAAAGGGCGGUCUUACUGGUGGUGUCUUCGAGUCUCGUGGUCGUCCAGUGGAGCCUGGAUAUCAUCGUACUAUCAACACGGAUAGAAUCGAGAAGCCGACCGAGGAAAGACAAGAAAGAGUUGAUGUGUAA